UCGGAAAAAGAAAGGGAUACUGUGCCGUCGGAGGAGGGAGGUAUUAGCUUUCCCUCGUUCAAAGCCUUCUGCUCGUACUCUCUGUUUCGUCUCAAGGUUCUUCUUUGUCUGAAGAACCGAUUUUUAUAUAUUCUUGUUUAAUUUUAGUAGUAAUUCAAAAGCACCCAAUUCGCCGUAUCAAUGUAUUCUAAGUAGGAGUGCUAUUAUACUUCUUCCAAACUGACAUCUUUGAUUCGUUUUUAGGAUCUCUGUGGAAAAUCUGGUAUGCCCAUGUCUCCUGUUUUGAUUGUUCCAGUUGUGAGUAAACCUUUGGGUUCGAAUCUUCGUAUAUUGCCAUCAUGGAUUUUCUGUUACACUUUUGUUAGAAAUUUAACUGUUCUUGUAUCACCGCAUCGGUUAAUUCAAGCUCCAAAUUUUGGAGUUCUUCCAUGUUCAUCAUCGCAUCUUUUAACUUUUGUAUAUCGAUCUUGUUCUUCUAAUGGGUGUUUAUAUCUACCCUCGUUGCAAUAUUACCAAUCUUUAGCAUUUCCUGGAAUCAGGGCUUUUUCUUAUUCAUCUUUUCUUGGACCUCCAUUGUCGUUUCCAACUUGCAGUUCUCGUGGAAAUCUUGGUUUACUUGCAUCCUUUCGUGUUUCAAAUCCACUCACUGUUUUCGGGAUUGUUUCAUGCUCAUUUUGUUCAGAGGUUCUCUCAGUGGAUCAAAGCAUUGGUGUUUGUAGGACUAAUGUUCAGGAUGAGCGUCUAGCUAGUGAUUCUGAUAUAGUGUUCAAAACUGUAAUGGAGAAUUCUAGUGCUGAAAGAAGCAUGGAGAAGGCUCUUGACCAGGUUGGCAUAAAACUGACAACUGAACUGGUUGACGAGGUCCUCCGAAGGCUUCAUUUCGAGGAGAAGAUAGCCUUCAGAUUCUUUAUGUGGGCAGGUCAUCAAGAAGGCUAUUCGCAUCAACCUCAAACAUACAAUGAAAUGUUUGAUAUACUUUCCAGUACGAAGUACAAGGUCAAACAGUUUAGAAUUGUCUGUGAUAUGUUGGAUUACAUGAAGAGAAAGGAUAGGAUUUCGGUCCCCGUCGAAGUUCUCCUCACUAUUUUAAGGAAUUACACAGAAAAGCAUCUGACCCAUCUUCAAAAAUUCACAAAGAAGAAGAGGAUAAGGGUGAAGACUCAGCCAGAAACUAAUGCCUUUAACUUGUUGUUGGAUGCACUGUGCAAGUGUAGUCUGGUUGAGGAAGCUGAGGCCAUGUUUAUGAAGAUUAAGAACAAGGUUAGCCCAGAUGCAAACACAUACAAUAUUUUGUUUUUCGGAUGGUGCAGAGUGAGAAACCCAACAAGAGGAAUGAGGUUAUUGGAGGAGAUGAUCAAUCGGGGUCUUACUCCUGAUAAUUUUACUUACACUACUGCAAUCGAUACAUUCUGCAAAGCUGGGAUGGUGUCAGAGGCAGCUGCGCUAUUUGAUUUCAUGAGAACAAAAGGUUCAACCAUGUCUUCUCCCACUGCGAAGACUUACACCAUCAUGAUUGUGGCCCUUGCCCAGAGUGACAGGAUGGGGGAAUGCUUUAAACUUUUAGCAGACAUGAGGGAUAGUGGUUGCCUUCCGGAUGUUUCAACCUACAAGGAACUGAUUGAAGGGAUGUGUUCGGAGGGGAAAAUCGAGGAAACCUACAUAGUGUUGGAAGAGAUGGGAAAGAAAGGCUAUCCACCUGAUAUUGUUACUUAUAAUUGCUUCCUCAAAGUCCUUUGUGACCUUAAAAAAGCGGAUGAAGCACUUACACUUUAUGAAAAAAUGAUUGAGGUAGGGUGUUUGCCUAGUGUCCAUACUUUCAAUAUGCUGAUCACAAUGUUUUUUGAGAUGAGUGACCCGGAUGGAGCAUUUGAGACUUGGCAUGAGAUGGAUAAGAGAGGCUGUUCACGGAACACUGAUACUUAUUGUGUGAUGAUUGAAGGCCUGUUUGGUUGUGACAGAAUGGAAGAUGCUUGCUUUCUCUUGGAGGAAGUGGUGAACAAGGGAAUGAAAUUGCCAUAUCAGAAGUUUGACUCAUUUCUGAAGCAGCUUUCAGUGAUUGGUGAUCUCCGAGCUAUCCAUAGGCUUUCAGAGCACAUGAGGAGAUUCUACAACACUGCUAUGGCAAGACGUUUUGCUUUGAGUCAGAAGAGGAAGAGUAUGGCUUUAAGAAGGAAGUAAGAUAGGGGUGAAAUAAAAGAGUGAAACUUCAUUUAUUAAACAAUGCCACUUGAAGCAAAUCGAUAAGUACUAUCUUUCAUGUAACCUAUAUGACCUAGGUUUAGGGCUUGAUGGAAGCAGAUCCAACUCCAUUGUGAUUCUUCCAUCUGCUUGAAGAUGGAACUCCGUGUGCUAUUAUUUCUGCGGAAAGUCUACUACAAGGGCUUCUUGUUGUAACACUUUUCUGUCUAAUCAGGUAGUUGUGUUAACAGGAGACUAUUGUAGGAGUGUGCUGUUGGCCGAUUCUCCAGACUUCUAAGUGAUCUUGAUGGAAAAGCAAACCGUAUCCUUAAGGAUUUGUUUGGUUGCAAGGGAAAUGCAAAUUUUUGAAAUAAAGUGAAAGUUAUUUCCCAGUGGAAAUAAUUUUAGGCAUUUGAUUACCUGGGAAAAUAUAUUUCACAUUUAGGUUAACAUAUCCCUUUGCAUUCCCCAAUCAAAAGCUGAAGUAAAAUAAAAAAAGAUCAGAGUUACCUGACGGUGAGAGACUCUCAAGCUGAAGCUCGGUUGCUGUGUUUUCUCAUCUUUCUUUGCUCGUAGCUCAGUCGCUGUGUUUUCUCAUCUUUCUCUGCUUGAAGCUCGGUCUCUGUGUUUCUCAUCCUUUUCUACUUGAAGACCGGUCGCUGCAUUUCCUCAUAUUUCUCUGCUUGAAAGCUCAGUCACUGAGUUUUCUCAUCUUUCUCUUCUUGAAGCUCGGUUGCAGCAUUAGUUAUUUUUCUCCGCUCGAAAGAUCGGCUCUGUGAGCAGGUGCUAAAGAAAGGUUUAAUGGGUGGAUUGUCCAUGAAGUUGUUGUAGCAAGCAGUCAGCUCAAGGAUAUAUGUCAGGGUUGAGAGAUGUUCAUGUUCUAAGAGUGCAUGAAUAUCAUAGAACUAAAUUAGAAGGUUAUUGUUACUAGACUAUUGCAGUGCCACUAGUAAAUGUAUUUGGAAAAAUACCUUCAGUAUUUAUAACAGUAAAGAGGGCUCAAGUAUCUAAUCAGUAAUGUAUUGAGUUGAAAAGGUGAGGAUAUGGCUUGGGAUAAGACGAGGCUUUUCUAUAAUACUGUUCUGUUUACUUUA